CCUUUUGCCUUCAAUUCGAUCACCUAUUUCCUGAUGGAAAAAAGGGGGACCUUAAGCUUUCGGGAGAGCAACAAAGAAAGAAAAGGCCAGACACACAACUAGCAGUAUGUCUCUCAAAUUAUUACUACAAUACCAAUUCUGAGUAGUUUCAAUUAUAGCGUUUUAGCAUUUGGAUUUGGAAUUACCAUGUGUGUUACUGUCACAAAAAUUGUUAUUUUCAUGUAACCAUCUAAAUGCAUUUACUAAUUUCCCAAGAAGAAAGUCCAAACCAUUUUCAGUCUGGGUCGGUGUUCAAUUCUACUCAUCAUUCUAUUCACUAGUUAUUGCAAUGAUUCCAAUGAAGAGUAUUGGAUCCCACUUCAACCAAGUUUUUAAUAACUGCUAAAUUCCAUGAGUACGAGCAACCCAAGAAAUUCAACAUUAUAGAAAGAAAGAAAGAAAGAAAGAAAUCAUAGAGAAACGAAAAGAAUGGUUAUUGUUUUUGGUCUGAGUAAUUUCACGUGAGAGUUCUGCUAUUGUGUCCGUGACGUGACGAGUUUUGCAAGCAUGUUGCUGAAUGAACAGUUUCGACAAACCAAAGAUUAACAAAACCACAGAGUAAGUGUCUCCACAAAUUUAAUGGAUUCAUUCAUAGCUAUUGCUUCUGUUCUGCACACUACAAUGUCAAUUUUGUUCUGUUCAAAGAAUGAGUCAACCAAAUGAAAAAUGUGAAGCAGCAAGCACAAAUGUUACUAGAUCUGAAGAGUUUUGUUAUUUCUAAAGUCUCAAUUAACGUUACUUUUUUGGGGUGAUUUAAGUAGGUGAAUCAAACCCUACCCAACAUGCAUUAAAGAAUUUCGAUAUCUUCCACGCAAACAAUGGCUAUUGUUAUGGAAUUGGAAAAACUAAAUCAGGUGAAACAGAACACCUAAUUGCAACCGUACUACGUUGAUUAUUCUUAUCUACUCCUACUACUACAAAACUAGGUGUUGUGUUUGUGUUGUGUUGGGGUCCCAUUUUUCUAAUAUGAAGAGACUCUCAUUUUCCUCUCUAUUUUUCAUCAUCUAUAUAUUUUAUCUCUUCUUGUUUCUUCAACUAGUUAGUUCACAAGACGAUUCACAACCACUUCUAGCACUCAAAUCCUCCAUUGAUGUUCAUAACAAGCUUCCAUGGCUACAACAAGGAAACGACGUGUGCACUUGGUUAGGAGUCAGAGAUUGUUUCAAAGGAAAAGUUAGAAAGCUAGUACUUGAAUUUUUCAACUUAACAGGAACAUUAGAUUCAAACAUUUUGACCCGUUUAGAUCAACUUCGAGUUCUUAGUUUCAAAGGUAACUCACUCUCUGGUCAAAUCCCUAACCUCUCUUCUCUCGUCAACCUCAAAUCUAUUUACCUUAACGAUAACAAUUUCUCCGGCGAGUUUCCGGCUUCUGUUUCCACUCUCCACCGAGUUAAAGUCAUUGUUAUUUCCGGUAAUAGAAUAUCCGGCGAGAUUCCGGCGUCGUUGCUUAAGCUUCCUCGGCUCUAUGUUCUCUACUUGCAAGACAAUUUGUUCACCGGUUCGAUACCUGGUUUCAACCAAACAGGGCUUAAGUACUUGAAUGUCUCGAAUAACAAACUCUCCGGCGAGAUUCCGGUGACGCCUGCAUUGAUCCGAUUCAAUGCGUCGUCGUUUUCGGGAAACUUAGGGUUAUGCGGAGAACAGAUCCACCGUGAAUGCAUAAGCAGUACUCUGUUACCGCCAACGGCGCCGUCGAUGGGUCCAGUUGGAGGGAACGGUAAAACGACGUCGUCGAAAUCGAACCGUACCAAAAUUAUGAAGAUAAUUGGAGGGAGUGUUGGUGGGUUUGUGUUGUUGUUGAUAUGCUUGAUAAUUUUGUUGUGGGUAAUUUGUAAGAACCGUAGGAAGAGAGUGGGUUCGAGUAGGAGCAAGGGUGGUGACGUGGCGGAAGGAGAAAAUGCGGUAGGAGGAGGUGGAGUAGGAGGAGAAGGAGAGGGUAGGGGAAGUAAUUAUGAUCGAAAUCAAGGGGGUUUUGCUUGGGAAAGUGAAGGUAUAGGGAAACUGGUGUUCUGCGGAGCAGGGGAUCGAGAAAUGGGUUACAGUUUGGAGGAUUUACUGAAGGCUUCAGCUGAGACAUUAGGGAGGGGUAUUAUGGGAAGUACGUAUAAAGCAGUCAUGGAAUCAGGCUUCAUUGUUACAGUUAAAAGGUUGAAAGAUGCUAGGUACCCUGCGUUAGAGGAAUUUAGGGCACAUAUAGAAUUACUUGGUAAGCUUAGACACCCUAAUUUGGUCCCACUUAGGGCUUACUUCCAAGCUAAAGAAGAACGUCUUCUUGUCUAUGAUUACUUUCCCAAUGGCAGCCUCUUCUCUCUUAUUCAUGGAUCAAAAACAUCUAGUGGGGGAAAGCCUCUUCACUGGACAUCUUGUCUUAAAAUAGCAGAAGAUUUAGCAACAGGCCUUCUCUAUAUCCACCAAAACCCCGGCUUGACACACGGAAACCUUAAAUCUUCUAAUGUGUUACUUGGUGCUGACUUUGAGUCCUGUCUCACUGAUUAUGGUCUCACCGUCUUCCUCAAUCCCGACUCAAUGGACGAACCAAGUGCCACUUCUUUCUUCUAUAGAGCGCCCGAGUGCCGCAGUUUUCACAGGUCGCAAACUCAAACUGCUGAUGUAUACAGCUUUGGUGUCCUUCUCCUUGAGCUUUUGACAGGCAAAACACCCUACCAAGACCUUGUUCAGGCGCACGGUUCGGAUAUACCUAGAUGGGUUCGGUCGGUGCGCGAAGAAGAGACUGAGUCCGGGGACGAUCCUGCCUCAUCGGGCAAUGAAUCAUCUGAAGAGAAGCUUCAGGCUCUUUUGAACAUUGCAAUGGCAUGUGUCUCACUUGUGCCAGAGAAUCGACCUACAAUGAGAGAAGUUCUAAAGAUGAUUAGAGAUGCAAGAGGGGAAGCUCAUGUUUCAUCUAAUAAUAGUAGUGAUCAUUCACCUGGUAGAUGGUCGGAUACUGUUCAAAGCUUGCCAAGGGAAGAACAUCUUAGCAUAUGAUUGGAAACUUUUUUUUUUUUUACGAGUCAAUAUUUAUAGAGACUAUAUAUGCAUUCUGAUUUUUCAUGAAUUGGUUAUUUGUUUCGAACAUGACUAGGUGAUAAUGUUGUAAAGACAUACAUUCUUAAUAUCUUGCGUUGUGAGUACAUGUUGGUUAGAGGUAAUUAAUGGAUAUGGAUUCAUAUCCGAGAUUCAGCUUGCAAAAGAAGUGGAGACCAAUCCUUUAAGGUUUUGGAUCAUUGGUUUCUUUUAUU